UUCCUAUGCUGUACUGGGGGUUUGCCCUAAAAAAAAAGAGCUGUUCUAAGAACUAGAUUCUACUCUAUCGUGUUCCUCGGUUCUAUAGGAUUUAUUUAGGCCACUUUAAUGUCUAUGGUCAACAAGUCAUGCUUUCUCUGUCAAGAAGAAUGACAUCAAUAGAACUUGAAGAGAAGUUGUUAUUCUGUCGCAACUUUGAACUUUCUGAUGGAACAGAACUAACAUUCGCCCAGUCAUCACUGGGAGAUGUAGGAUGUGUUGUUUGGGACGCUGCAUUAGUACUGUGUAGUUACAUUGAUUUAAAACAACAAGAAAUGGGUUGGGAGGGUAAAUAUAUUUUAGAAUUAGGAUCUGGAACAGGAGCUGUUGGAUUAACUGCUGCUUGCUUAGGGUCUAAAGCAGUGAUUACAGAUCUUGUGGAGCUGUUACCGUUGAUGAGUCACAAUAUAGCCUUAAACAAUGAGAAGUUAAAGGGAUCGUGUGAAGCAGCAGUCGUCUCAUGGGGAGAUCAGCAACAGAUGAUAAAUGUCAAUGAAGCUCAUUUCCCUACUGGAGUUGAUUGCAUUCUACUUGCAGACUGUGUUUACUAUGAAGAGUCAGUGGAGAGUUUAGUUGAUACAAUCCUGCACUUUGCCAAAGCUAAGACUACUGUAUUGUGUUCCUAUGAAGAAAGAGAAACUAAAGCUGAAUUACAGUGUAAAUUUUUUAAGAUGCUUGGUGAAUGA